GCUAAAGAAACUGAGAGAGAGAGGAAGAAAAGAAAAAAAAAAUGGCGGCAGAGAAAAUAGAGACAGUGGUCGCAGGGAACUACUUAGAAAUGGAAAGAGAAGAAGAAAACAUAAGUGGUGAUAACAGAUCUUCAGCCAAAACAAAGCUUUCGAACUUCUUCUGGCAUGGAGGGUCUGUCUAUGAUGCUUGGUUUAGCUGUGCUUCAAAUCAGGUGGCGCAAGUGCUGUUGACUUUACCGUACUCGUUCUCACAACUUGGGUUGAUGUCGGGAAUCUUGUUUCAACUCUUUUAUGGAUUAAUGGGAAGCUGGACUGCCUAUCUCAUUAGUGUUCUUUACGUUGAGUAUCGAACUCGUAAAGAACGGGAGAAAUUCGAUUUCCGUAAUCACGUUAUUCAGUGGUUUGAGGUGUUGGAUGGACUGUUGGGGAAACAUUGGAGAAACAUUGGAUUGAUCUUCAAUUGCACGUUUCUUCUCUUUGGAUCCGUUAUUCAACUCAUUGCUUGUGCCAGCAAUAUAUAUUAUAUUAAUGACAAAUUGGACAAGAGGACAUGGACAUACAUAUUUGGGGCGUGUUGUGCAACAACUGUUUUUAUUCCUUCCUUCCACAAUUAUAGAAUUUGGUCAUUCCUCGGACUCGCUAUGACCACUUACACUUCUUGGUAUCUCACCAUUGCUUCCCUCCUUCACGGACAGGCCGAGGAUGUGAAACACUCGGGUCCAACCACAAUGGUGCUUUACUUCACCGGAGCCACCAACAUUCUCUACACCUUCGGUGGCCACGCCGUCACUGUGGAGAUAAUGCACGCGAUGUGGAAACCCCAAAAGUUCAAGGCAAUAUAUCUACUAGCGACUAUAUAUGUACUAACGCUAACGCUACCAUCCGCGUCUGCGGUUUAUUGGGCGUUUGGCGAUCAGUUGCUAACUCAUUCCAAUGCACUUUCUCUCCUCCCCAAGUCCGGUUUUAGAGAUACGGCCGUGAUCCUCAUGCUCAUUCAUCAGUUCAUAACGUUCGGAUUCGCGUCUACGCCGCUAUAUUUCGUGUGGGAGAAAUUGAUAGGUGUGCACGAGACGAAGAGCAUGUUCAAAAGAGCCAUGGCUAGAUUACCCGUGGUUGUUCCCAUUUGGUUCUUAGCGAUCAUUUUUCCCUUUUUCGGACCAAUCAACUCUGCGGUCGGAUCUCUCUUAGUUAGUUUCACUGUCUACAUCAUCCCAGCUCUGGCUCAUAUGCUUACUUUUGCUCCUGCUCCUUCCAGAGAGAAUGCGGUGGAGAGGCCGCCGAGAGUGGUGGGAGGAUGGAUGGGGACAUACUGCAUAAACAUAUUCGUGGUGGUUUGGGUAUUCGUCGUUGGAUUUGGGUUCGGAGGAUGGGCAAGUAUGGUCAACUUUGUUCGUCAGAUCGACACUUUUGGUCUCUUUACCAAAUGCUACCAGUGCCCUCCUCACAAGCCAUAAUAACAUUUCAAGACCUUCUAGAAAAAGGGUUUCAUAUGAGGGGAUUUUAUUUUUCCAAAUUAUAUCAUUUUAUUUAGAAUUAAUUAAAAAAAAUCACAUCUAUUUGUAAUUGUUUGACGACAAUAAUCUUUUACUCUGUGUUUGAUUAAUUUGUUUAUGGUGAGUUGUAUUGGUAAA